CGCGGUGCCCCCGGUCACGUGUCGCGCGGUGGCGGCGGCGGCGGCGCCAUGGCGGUGAACUACAGCGCCAAGGAGGAGGCGGACGGGCACCCCUCGGGCGGCGUCGGCGUGCCGGGCGGCGGCGCCGUGGGCAGCGGCGGCGGGGGCGUCGUGAAGACCCGCAAGCCCGACAACACCGCGUUCAAGCAGCAGCGGCUGCCGGCUUGGCAGCCCAUCCUGACGGCGGGCACGGUGCUGCCGGCCUUCUUCAUCAUCGGCCUCAUCUUCAUCCCCAUCGGCAUCGGCAUCUUCGUCACCUCCAACAACAUCCGCGAGUACGAGAUUGACUAUACGGGAACAGAACCUUCUAGUCCCUGCAACAAAUGCUUAAAUGUGUCCUGGGACAGCACACCCCCUUGUACAUGCACCAUCAAUUUCACACUGGAGCAUUCAUUUGAGAGCAAUGUAUUCAUGUAUUAUGGACUUUCCAACUUCUAUCAAAACCACCGUCGUUAUGUGAAAUCUCGAGAUGACAGCCAGCUAAAUGGAGACAACAGUUCACUACUUAAUCCAAGUAAGGAAUGUGAGCCUUAUCGCACAAAUGAGGACAAACCCAUUGCUCCUUGUGGAGCUAUUGCCAACAGUAUGUUUAAUGAUACACUGGAGUUAUACCGCAUUGAUAAUGACACAAGGACUCCGAUUCCUUUGAUCAAAAAAGGCAUUGCAUGGUGGACAGAUAAAAAUGUCAAGUUCAGGAAUCCUACAGGAGAUGGAAACAACUUAACUGCGCUUUUCCAAGGCACAACAAAACCUGUGAACUGGCCCAAGCCAGUGUACAUGCUGGACUCAGAGCCCGACAACAACGGCUUCAUCAAUGAGGACUUCAUCGUGUGGAUGCGCACAGCUGCUCUGCCAACGUUUCGCAAGCUCUAUCGUCUGAUCGAAAGGAAGAACAGCUUUCAGCCUACCUUACAGGCUGGAAAAUACUCUUUGGAUAUUGCAUACAAUUAUCCUGUACACAGUUUUGAUGGACGAAAAAGAAUGAUCCUAAGCACCAUCUCAUGGAUGGGAGGAAAAAAUCCCUUCCUGGGAAUUGCUUACAUCACUGUUGGGUCCAUAUGCUUCUUCUUAGGAGUGGUGUUGCUAUUCAUUCAUCACAAAUACGGCAAUCGAAACACCAGUGCAGACAUUCCCAAUUAAUCUUGCAUUCUGAAAAUAAAUGUACUGCAUGUGCAUCAAGGCCAGUCCAGAAUGGACCCAGUUUUUGAAAGACAAAUCUCUGCUUCUGUCAUUUCUGAGACUGGGUGCAUAAUUUUUACCUAAAGCUCCCCUUUCCCGUACUGUGGAUUAACUCUUGAAAAUGACGGGUAUACAAUUAUCUCUAUUGAUUGUAUCUCUGCCUAUGUCAGAAACAGUUUUUCUGAUAUUUGCCUCUAACUGGGCAGGCCACAUGAUGCAUAUAGCUCCUGUUCCCUUGAUGCAUCUGCUGCUUGUUCACGUGCUAUGUAAUGUCGGUAUGAUUCAGUACAUUUAGAUUGUGUGAAGAAAGAUGGUUAUAAGAUACUGUAAAUUGUUGACUUUCCAGAAUUCGGGUGUCAGUGCUGUUGGAAGAAGUCAAGUCUUAAAUGUUUUCUUCAAUUUACUGUCUUGUGUGCAUGGGCUCCUACAUUUCUUGCUGAGAUUUUAAUAUAUUUAUACAAGUUGUUAAAUAUUUUUCCUGUGUCCUACCCACCUCUAUUAUAUUAAAUCCUUUAAGUGCUCUGUAAACUUCAGCACUCUGGAUUCUUUGUAUAUUUACAGUAUAUGUGCCUGGCCAGUAAACAAGCAUCCUAUGAAAAUACCAGAAAACCUAUUUGUUAAUUAUCUGCGUGAGACCCUUUAAAAGAUUGUUCUAAAUCGGGACAUGCUUGUUGGAGAUGUAAUAUUUUUCUAAUUUUCUUUGCUUUAAGUCAUAUCCAAUCCUAGUUCACUUUUUGCUGGUUUUGCUUUUUAUGAGCAGCACCAAGCAUUAAUCAAGAAGAACUUAAAAGGUUUUUUUCCAUUCAUACAUCGGGGUGAAUUCCUUUUACUGGGAUGAAUUCCUUUUACUUGAAGAGUUUCCUAAUUUUUUUAGAGCAUAUGUAUUCUGAGCAGGCUUUGUUUUAAGGGAAUUAUAUACUUUUUCCUUAUUUGGAGUGAACACCACAUUAAUUUUUUGUGGUGUUUAGGAAGUAAACUGUAGAAGUUCAGAAGUUGAGAUGGCAGUGACAUUUUUCCCUGAAAUGCAGGUUUAGCUUGCUGUGAAACAUAAUUCAAAUAUUGCAGUUAGACACAAUGUGCUGGUUAGUGUCUUAAAUUACAUAAGGAUUCACCUUUAGGUUAAUUACAAGUUAACUGCAACCUAUAAAAUAUUAAUUUUUGGUGACUUUUUUUUAGAUGAUGCACAGAAACCUCAAUGUAUAUGGUGGAGAUCACUUUAUAUGCAAUUAGCUUGAUAAAGUAUGGAGUAUAUUAAAAGAGACCUAAUAAAUUCUGCAAACCAUUUAAUAAGAGAUUUGGUUUUGUUCUUGAACAUAUAUUUAUUUUUAUCUGGAUGAAAAGACAUCAUUAAGUGUAAAUGCAGUUUUAAAUGAGUUGUAUUUCUGGGAUUGCAUAUUUAUUACAAAAAUGCAUGGUCCAAUAGCUUAAUCUACAGGCAACUUUAAACAAAACUAUUUAUUUAUCACAUAAUCACAUAACUGGUUUUACUUAAUUACUUGUGUAGCCUAAGAGUUUAAAUGUGUAAGUCUGGAGAAACUGUGGAAUGAGGCAGCAUUUCCAGUGUGCUUGCUUUCUGUAACUACAUAUAAUAAUUUAUUUGCAUAGUACAGCCUGGCCGAACAGGGCUUUCAAACCUUUUAAGAUUUUAUUUACAGUGUUGUAUUCGUGUUGCUGGAGUUACAGAAUAAGGGUAAUACACCCUUGAAAACUUGCAGAACAUGUUAAACUGGCUUUCAGCUGCGGAGUAGCUGCUAGUCCAAGAUAGAGUAAAUAAGCAAGGGGAUGUCUCACAAUUACUGGUUAUUAAAAUAUUCUGAUUUUUAAA